ACGUAGAGAAAGAGAACUCCCUUCUCGGGGUUCAGUCCCCAAACGCCCACAGUCGCCCUAGCAAAGAACUCAAUCUGGUCUCCCUCAUGGGUGCCAGGAACUGAACUACUUGAGCCAUCACCUGCCUCCCAGGCUGAGAAGGAGAAAGUAAGAGAUGGAUCUUACAUCUUCUGGCUCACUCCACAAAUGGCCAUACAGGAUGUUGUCAUUGCAGGUGGCAGCUUUACUUGUUAUACCGUGAUGAUGGCCCCUUUUCUGUUUUGUAAGGUUUGUUUAUUUGUUUAAAUGGCAUAGUUACAGAGCAAGAAGAGAAACACAGAAACGUCUUCCAUCCUCUUGUUCGUUCUUCGAGUGCCCUUAUCAGCUGGAACAGGACCAGGCUGAAGCCAAGAGCCUGAAGCUUCAUAGGCAAUCCAGUCUCCUCCUGGAACCAUGAAAAUCCUGCUGGUUUUUGAUUUUGACAAUACAAUCAUAGAUGACAAUAGUGACACCUGGAUUGUGCAGUGUGCCCCAGACAGAAAGCUCCCUAUUGAACUGCAAGAGUCAUACCAAAAAGGAUUUUGGACGGAAUUUAUGGGCAGAGUCUUUAAAUAUUUGGGAGAUGAAGGUAUAGGGGAAGAUGAAAUGAAAAGAGCAGUUACUUCCAUACCUUUCACUCCAGGGAUGGUAGAACUUUUCUCCUUUAUAAGAAAGAAUAAGGAUAAAUUUGAUUGUAUUAUUAUUUCAGAUUCAAAUUCCAUCUUCAUAGAUUGGGUUUUAGAAGCUGCCCAUUUUCACGAUGUGUUUGAUAGAGUGUUUACAAAUCCAGCAGGUUUCGAUAACAGUGGUUAUCUCACUGUGAAAAAUUACCAUACUCAUACUUGCAAUAGGUGCCCAAGGAAUCUUUGCAAAAAUGUCGUAUUAGGAGAAUUUAUAGAUAAACAGUUGAAACAGGCAGUGAAUUAUACCCAAAUUGUUUAUAUUGGUGAUGGUGGAAAUGAUGUUUGUCCAGUAUCCUUUUUAAAGAAGGAAGAUGUUGCCAUGCCACGGAAAGGAUACACUUUACAGAAAACUCUUUCCAAAAUGUCUCGAAAUCUUGAACCUAUGGAAUCCUCUGUUUUGGUUUGGUCUUCAGGUGUUGAAAUCAUUUCUCAUUUGCAGUCUCUAAUAAAGGAGUGUAUCCACUAAGAUUAGAUUCAGCAUCAUAAAAACUGAAAUCCCCAACAGCCAAUGACUUAGAGAAGUAUUUUUUUUUUCCACUGAAAGUAAUUCCAGAGGUAAGUAUCUUGAGGCCUUUUUCUUGCUCUGACCGCAUUUGGCUUCCAACUUAAAAUCCAAGAUUUCUGUUCAAGCUACAGCCCUCACAGAGACAUUCUUGCCAACAAGAAGCACAGUGAGAAGGUCACAGCUCCUUGUUUUAGGACAUUUCCUGGAAGGGGAAACCAAUGUUGCUGCUUAAAUGCCAUUGGCUAAUACUUGGUCA